AUGGCCAGAACCAAGCAGACCGCCCGUAAAUCUACUGGUGGUAAAGCGCCUCGUAAGCAGCUGGCUACCAAAGCUGCUAGGAAGAGCGCGCCUGCCACGGGGGGAGUGAAAAAGCCUCAUCGUUAUCGGCCCGGCACUGUUGCCCUGCGAGAGAUCCGCCGCUACCAGAAAUCUACUGAGCUGCUCAUUCGUAAGCUGCCCUUCCAGCGCCUGGUGCAUGAAAUCGCCCAGGACUUCAAAACUGAUUUGUGCUUUCAGAGCUCGGCUGUUAUGGCACUGCAGGAGGCAAGCAAAGUCUACUUGGUGGGGCUCUUUGAGGACACCAACCUGUGCACUAUUCACGCCAAGAGAGUCACCAUCAUGCCUAAAGACAUCCAGUUAGCCCGGCAUAUCCGGGGUGAGCGGGCUUAUAGGCUGCACCACUGCAUUCUGACUACUUGA